AGCAGGCGAAUGUUUACGAAGAGGGCUCUUGCCGAAGCGGGGUGUUUGCAAAGAUUUGGUUGCUAAUUGCGUAUCAGACGGAAGGCUGCGGAAGGCUGGUCAAGUUUGGAGCCACCGAGCAGGAAGAGAAGAAGAGGAGAAGGCUGAGAAGGCUCUCAGUGAGGGGAGAGAGCUGGGGAAGACAACAGCUCACGCAGCCAGCCCGCGGCUCCCCGCCUCCGCUCCCUCCCGGGCUUGCUCUCUCUCUUCCCCCUUCCCCUGCGCUCCCUUCUCCGGCGACACCUCGCUCCAUCCAUCCCUCCUCUCCCUUCCCUCGCAGACUCCACUCCAGAUCCGUGCUGCUACCUGCAAACUUUUUUUUUUUAUUAUUAUUUUCCUUUUCGCUUUUUUUUUUUGCUCUUUUUUUCCUCUUUUUGGAGCGGAUCCCUCUAAAAUCAGCAAACAAUUCACUGCUGCUUUGGCGGCGUCUUCACCCCGCGGGUCCUUCGCCCAUCGGAGAGGCGAUGCCACGAGCGUUUUAACUCCUUUCGGCCGCAACUUGGGAGACAGCUCUAUUUUUUUCCCCUCUAUUUUGGGUUUUUCUUUUUUUUUUUUUUUUUCCCCAUAUAUUUUUUAAAGACCUGCCCUUUUAGUUUCGCAGCCAAACGCUCUUAGUGCCGGGUGUUUAGAGUUUGAUGCGGUUUUCCUUUCCCUCCCGCACAGAGUGGCAAUGUGUAGCAAAGCGAUCCUAGCACUCCUGGUCUAUGGCAUAAUAAUGCAUUGCAGCGUCUACUGCUCACCUGCGGCUGGACUUCAGUACCCGGCGCUCAGGCUGGAGGAUGAAGUGUACGACGAGGACGGGAACACUCUGCAGGACUUCGCCUACGACCACGAGCCCCUGGGGAUAGCGAGUCCGUCCUCCGUGCUGGGCGAGAUGUACACCUUGUACUACCCACCGGAAAAAAGGCACGCCGAUGGGAUCUUCAACAAAGCCUACAGGAAACUCCUGGGCCAGUUGUCCGCCAGGAAAUAUCUGCACUCCCUGAUGGCCAAGCGGGUCGGCGGUGCCAGCAGCGGCCUGGGGGACGAGGCGGAACCGCUCACCAAGCGGCACAUAGACGGCAUCUUCACGGACAGCUACAGCCGCUACCGGAAACAAAUGGCUGUCAAGAAAUACUUAGCGGCCGUCCUGGGGAAAAGGUAUAAACAAAGAGUUAAAAACAAAGGACGCCGAGUAGCGUAUUUGUAGCGAUGAGUAACCAGCCCCUCCCGUGUAUACAAAGUCCUGAGAGAGAGAGAGAGAGAGAGAAAGAGAGAGAGAGAGAGAGAGAGAGAGAGAGAGAGAAACCCACCACCAACAAAAAAAAUCUAAACAAAAACAAAAGUCAUUUCCAAACUGACUGAACAAUCACCGCUCCUGUGUUAUCUAAACAUGUAUUUAUGUAUGAAGUAAAGCCAUUAAAUGAAUAUUUUGAUAAUAAUAUUGUUUUUCUUUUGUACAAAAGCACUAGAGAAACGCACAGAUCUACUUUGUGGACCAAUCCUUAAGUUAUAUAUAAUAUAUAAAUAUAUAUAUAUAAAUACUACUACGAAUACUAAAGAACAAUUCUUCAUAUAAAGCCUGCACAAGAACAAGAAUUCGCCUGAGCUGUUUAUGUUUUUAUAUAAAAUAAAUAGAAAAAAAAAGACAAUCAUUGUUUUGAAUAUUACUCCUAUUUUUGUAACGGAAAUUAAAAGGAUAGUAUUUUUAUCCGCGACAGGGUCGAAGACAUUAAUUUUCACCAUUUGCUACUGUACAUAGAGAAGGAUGCCCUGCUCCCAGGGGAUUUUGAGGAAAAUGAUUUGGGAGAAUUGCUGAAGCAGAUUCUUCCCCCGGUGAGUCUCAAGGCAGGCUCCUUUGCCACUAGCUCUCUGAAGGGGCAGCGUCCCCUUUGCUCUAGAUUUCGAUUUUUUAGUUUUAUUUUUCCUGCUUUCUUUGAUUCCAGUCGUAUCUGUAUUAGCGUCUCCUCAAAUAAUGAGCUUAGAGGACAAUCCCCACGCGAAAACAACAGCUCGAUCCAAAUUGUGCACAUCUCUGUUGCCUAUUGGAGGGAUAAUAGUUAAAAAAAAAAAAGGAGAAAAAAAAAAAGAAAACCAAAA